AACUAAGUGUCUCUGGCCAGAUCAAAUCUUGAAUCACUUCCGAUUCCUAAAUUCUAAAAUAGAAAUGUUUUCAGAUGAUGUCCAUCAAUACUUGAGGCAGCUCUUCGGACGUGAGUGAGCGGCGAACGAAUAUUUAUUGUUUCGAUUUUUAUAAUGGAGUUGCUUCAAAAUGUUUUUGCAAGUGGAAAAUAAAUGUUAAAGUGCGACAUUCGUGCGCGUGUUAAAUUAGUGAUUGAAAAUGGUAUGAAAUUCACGUUUAAUUUCAAGAGACAGUUUUCAAUCAUUCAUGAAAUUAUUCAUAAAAUAAUUCUCGAUUAUCAAAAACAUUUCUCCAAAACACCGACUGUGAGAAGAAACCAUGAAAAAGGAAAGACAUCAUUUCCAGAGUCUUCCAGACUUUCUGUCUCAUACACAGUGUCUAUAUUUCCUGAUGUGUUUCAUGUCAGCCACAGAUCUGUUUCUGUGAACCUCGGACGUCUUCCGACUCCAAAGCAAAACUGAGAAGAAGAAGAAGAACGAUCAUGAAUCUGCUUCGGACGACGACUUCCUUCUUCCGCCCUGAUUUCCUGGACCUUCGCUUCCAGAGCGACUGAAGAAGGUUCGAUGGCGGAGGUGUGGGUAGUCUCCGGGGGGAGGGUCAGCCUCCCCUGUGUGCCAAGGCCGAAGGUGCCGGGGGACCAGCCAGUGCUCGUCCUCUGGUACCGCAGAUUCAGCAGUUCCCUGCCCAUCUACAGUUACGACGCUCGUUUGGGAGACUUCUCCAACGGCGUCAGGUGGUGGGACGAAGUAGUCCUGGGCAGGAGGGGCUAUUUCGUACCCUCCACCACGCCCUCGCUGGUGCUCGAACCCGCCCACGCCCACGAUCAGGACGUCUACACGUGCAGGAUCGAUUACCGCGUUUCGACGUCCACGACAACCAGGGUCAACCUCACAGUGGUUGUGCCCCCUGGGCCCCCUGUGGUGAUGUGGGAAGGCCGAGAGAUGGUGGGGACAGUAGGACCCCUGCAGGAGAACCAGGUGACGGAGCUGACCUGUAGGAGCGUGGGAGGGAGUCCUGCGCCUUCUCUCUCCUGGUGGAAUGAAGGAAGGGAGCUCCCCCUCCUGCACUCUCAUUCCUCUUGGGAUCCUGUGACAGGAACAAGUACCACUGAAGCCACGGUUUCAGUGACUGCCAAAAGGGAACUUCAAGGGGCGUCCCUGACUUGCUAUACCCGGAUGCCCUCCCAACCCAGCGCCUCUGGAGAUGCUAGGAUCCUGCCCCGGAGUGUCUCUGUCUCCCUGAGUAUCACACUAUCCCCAGUCGAGGUCCGAAUCCUCGAACAGCAGGACGCCUUAGUGGCGACCUCAGGGUCGACUGUAAGCGUCGUGUGUCGCGCCCUUGGGUCACAUCCUCCGGCAGAGCUCUCCUGGUGGAGGGGCAUCAGGUCCCUGGAGCCGCACGUCACUCACGCCAUACGAGACGGAGGCAACAUCACGACAGCCACUUUGACAAUCGCUGUGACUGGGGAGGACGACGGAGCCACGAUCACCUGUACAGGAGCGAAUCCUGCCCUUCCACACGAGCCCCUUUCGGACAGAAGGAAGCUCAUUGUCUACUACGAGCCAAUAGUGGAUCUCUCCCUCGGGAAACAACUGGAGGCUGAGAACAUCAAGGAGGAGGAUGACGUCUCCUUCGAGUGCCACAUCAAAUCGAACCCCAAAUUCCACCGCAUCGAGUGGCACCAUAAUGGCCAGGACAUCCCUCAGAACGGGAGUGCCGGUGUGGUGGUCAGCGGGCAGUCUCUAGUCCUUCGGAGUGUCGCCAGGAGUCAUUCGGGAUCCUACGCAUGUGCGGCCACCAAUGCCCAAGGGCGCACUGUCAGCAAUACCCUUUUCCUGACAGUCAAGCGUGAGUGUUCACUUCAAGUUCAUAUAUUUUUUUUCUUAAUUUGGAAUAGUUCAAUGGACCUGUACAGAAUCGUUUACAUUUCUAAACAUAUUUUUUUCUGCAUGUCUGAGAUAAAUAGGCAACUUUCCUCUUCGUAUCUUUAAAGUGGGAGAAUUUAUUUAUGGAUUAAACAAUGAAACCUUUCGCUGCUGUCUCGCGAAGGCUCUCUCCAAGUGCCUUCUGCUGCGUUGUCUGUUUGGGUGGACUGUCUGCCUUCUGCAACUGCUGUAAUUGCCGAAAUUUAUU